CUUCUACAUACUACUAUCACUGCGGAACGUCGAUUUCAACCUCAAAAUGUCUUCUAUCAGACUCGUUCUGCAGGACCCAGUGAUCGUUAGGGAUUUCUUACGGACCAGGACACCGUUCGAGACAGCAAAGACAGCACUUUUCUUUUAUUUCGUCAUAACUCAGUCCCUCAAGCUCUGCAGGCAUGUCCAAGCUCGAGGCAUAACUGACUCUCUGAGAGACUCCUGGACAUGGUCCUAUAGACAAGUAUUACUACUAGCGUUGAAAAUACCCUCAGUGCAGAAGGAUGUUCAGCAGCAGUUGGACCAGGCGAGACUGGAUAUUGAAGGCAAGCUCGUACCCCAAGGAGUCGAUGUUUCCCGGCAUCUCGUUCUCCCAGACGAAGGAAAAUCAAUGGGGUGGAUACUAGCAGAGAUGGAGAAGAUGGACGGCGAAUUGGGUCCGCAUGCUGAUUGGAAACAUGGGAAAUUAUCAGGGGCAGUCUACCAUGGGGGAGAGGAUCUGUCAAGAGUUAUUGUCGCUGCUUUCGAGCGUUACACAGUUUCCAACCCUUUGCAUCCGGACGUCUUCCCUGCUGUCCGCAAGAUGGAAGCUGAGAUCGUCUCAAUGUGCCUACGGAUGUACAACAACCCGGAUGGAGCUGGUACCAUGACCUCAGGCGGUACUGAGUCCAUUGUCAUGGCUAUCAAAACUUAUAGAGACUGGGCACGAGAAGUGAAGGGUAUCACGGAGCCUGAGAUGAUUGUUCCAGCAACCGCCCACGCCGCAUUUGACAAAGGCGGAGCGUACAUGAAAGUAAAAGUGCACUUGAUUCCAGUAGACCCAGUAACUCGAAAGGUAAACAUCAAACGCGUUCGUAGAGCCAUCAACCGGAACACAAUCCUUGUAAGCAUCUUCUCUAUCAUAGCGGUAGUAUUGAACGCUGUCGUGCAGCUUGUAGGAUCAGCUGUCAAUUUCCCGGAUGGAAAUCAAGACGAUAUAGUUGUUUUGGGCGAACUUGCUGCAAAGCACAAUAUUGGCCUGCAUGUUGACUGUUGCCUUGGGUCCUUCAUUGUGCCGUUCCUAGAGAAAGCAGGACUUUCUGACGGAGAAGACGGAGGCGCAAGUAUCAGUUGCGAUACUCAUAAGUAUGGGUUGCACCCAAGGUCAGGCUUCGUUCAUGGGUCCUCUGUAAUCAUGUACCGCGACGCUGCGUUACGGCGUCAUCAAUACUAUGUCACACCUUACUGGACAGUUCCUUUAUUUUUGCGCCUGACUUUCCAUGCGCUUAGACCUGGUGCGUUGAUCGCGGGAACCUGGGCAGCGAUGCAAUACAUGGGAUCAGAUGGUUAUCUCAAGUCCUGCCGCGAAAUUGUUUCAUGCGCGCGUACGAUUGCCAACACCAUUACAAAUUCCAUCCCGGAACUGUAUGUACUUGGCUCCCCGCCCGCUUCUGUCGUUGCAUUCGGGUCUAAGUCUCCUGAGGUGAACGUCCACGAAGUCGGAGAUGCAAUGUCGAAGAGAGGCUGGCAUCUCAAUGCGCUGUCCGGACCAGCCGCAGUACAUAUCGCAUGCACACGUCUUACGCUCCCGCUUGUUGAUACGUUCAUCGCAGAUCUCAGGGACUCUGUGCAGCAAGCUAAAUUGACGCCAUCUGGGAAGGGGACGAUGGUUAGGCUCUACGGACUUGGAAAUUCCAGUGCCGUCGGCCCAGAGAUGGUCAGCGAGCUCGCUACAAUGUUCUUGGAUACAUUGUACAAGGCUUGAGGAAGUACUCUGGCUUUGCUGCGUAGUUAUGGAGUCUUGUAUAUGUGGUUUACAUCUUUGGCAUCUUGGAAGGACGUCUUAUUAUUAUUUGUAGGCGGCCUAGCAUAAUUUAUCCAAUGGCGGGUCAUGCAUAAUGCAAUGGCACCACAAUUCCAUAUGGAAAUAUUCGAAGCGUUGGGUCUUUAGGCCCACCAGGGGAAAGUCUUUUGUGUCCCUCAUCGGUUUCAAAAUAGGCACAUUGCAAUCGCGAUCGAUUGUAGGUACCAAAGCGUGAGUUUCAAUAGGAGGGUGUUCCUUGUAUUUGAUAUAUGGUACUGUCUCUUCCACUGCUAUAUAGGCACACCAAAUCUCAAAGUGCUCCCGACGCCUAAUUUUCCACGCCAAGGUCACCAGAAAGGAAGAUCUGCACGUCCAUUGCAGUAUUGGUUGAGGCACCGUCGUUUUCCAUAAUUCAAGAUUCUGUUA